UUCGCGCCUCUUCGGCAACAAUCGGCACCGGUCGAUAGUGUUCUUUGCGAGAUGCGAGUUCUUUGGUUAUUUUACUCAAAGUGAUUUUAGUCUUUUCUUUAUGAGACUUUAUUUAAACUUUAGUUGAUAAUAAAAGCCAUGGAACUGGAAUAGAAGAAAUUGUUUUUUUAUUUAAAAUAAAAAUCUUCUAUCAAAAAUGAUAGGGGGUUUAUUUGUCUAUAAUCACAAGGGAGAAGUUCUCAUCUCCCGAGUGUAUCGUGAUGACAUUGGACGUAAUGCAGUUGAUGCUUUUCGUGUAAAUGUCAUUCAUGCACGUCAACAAGUUCGUUCACCGGUGACAAAUAUUGCCAGAACAUCAUUUUUCCAUAUAAAACGUGCGAAUAUUUGGUUGGCCGCUGUAACGAAACAAAAUGUCAACGCUGCAAUGGUUUUUGAAUUUCUACUCAAAAUUAUUGAAGUAAUGCAAUCAUAUUUUGGCAAAAUAUCAGAGGAGAACAUUAAGAAUAAUUUUGUUCUCAUCUAUGAAUUACUUGAUGAAAUUUUGGACUUUGGCUAUCCGCAAAAUUGCGAUACUGGUGUAUUGAAGACUUUCAUAACCCAGCAGGGAGUUAAAUCAGCGACAAAGGAAGAACAAGCUCAAAUAACGUCGCAAGUCACUGGACAAAUUGGAUGGAGACGAGAGGGAAUUAAAUAUCGUAGAAAUGAGCUUUUCUUAGAUGUAUUGGAGUACGUGAAUCUCUUGAUGAGUCCUCAAGGCCAAGUUUUGAGUGCUCAUGUCGCUGGAAAGGUUGUAAUGAAAUCGUAUCUUUCCGGCAUGCCUGAGUGUAAAUUUGGGAUCAACGAUAAAAUAGUGAUGGACACCAAGGGAAUGAAGGGAGUGGGUGGAAUUUGCUGUGGCAAUGAAGAAGCCUCCAGUUCUCGCUCUGGUAAACCAGUUGUCGUAAUAGACGAUUGUCAGUUCCACCAAUGCGUCAAAUUGUCAAAAUUCGAGACCGAACAUUCCAUUAGCUUUAUUCCUCCCGAUGGAGAAUUUGAAUUGAUGAGAUAUCGCACAACGAAAGAUAUUUCACUGCCAUUCCGCGUGAUUCCCUUGGUACGUGAGGUGGGUCGCACCAAAAUGGAAGUGAAGGCAGUUUUGAAAUCGAAUUUCAAGCCAUCAUUGCUCGGACAAAAAAUUGAGGUUCGAAUUCCAACUCCAUUGAAUACAGCAGGUGUGCAAUUAAUUUGCAUGAAGGGAAAAGCGAAAUAUAAGGCCUCAGAGAAUGCCAUUGUCUGGAAAAUUAAGAGAAUUGCCGGCAUGAAGGAAACACAACUGUCGGCUGAAAUUGAUUUACUCGAGACGGAUACGAAGCGAAAGUGGACACGUCCGCCAAUUUCCAUGAAUUUCGAAGUUCCAUUCGCACCUUCUGGAUUCAAAGUACGUUACCUGAAGGUAUUCGAGUCGAAACUCAAUUAUUCCGAUCACGAUGUCAUUAAAUGGGUACGAUACAUUGGACGAAGUGGUCUUUACGAAACUCGCUGCUAAUAAUACUCCAGAUUGAAUAUGAAAAAAAAACAAAAAAAACAAAAAAAAACCCAGAAACUACUCUAUAAAUAAUUAUUAAAUUGCACAUAUUAAUGGUGAAAAUAAUGGGUUCGAGACAAUUUUUCUGUCUUCUAAUAAGUUCAAGACAAGCAUACUUUAAUUAUUUGUGAGCUUUUACAGCCAUCGAUUAUUAAAAACUAUAAAAGAAUUAUUUGAAUGAAUGUAUAUGAAAUGAUGAGACUAUUCGUUAGUUUUUGAACUUGGUAUUUAUAUAUAUGUUCCAUGUUCGAAGAAGCAAGAAUAUCAAGUAGACAGAAUAUCUGAAUUUACAAAUCAUGAUUGAUAAACAAAAUAUAUAUGUAUAUUAUAUAUUUAGAAGGAUAUAUGUAUAAUAUUAAAAUUACCUUCACUAAUGAAAUUAAGUAUUUCAAAUUAUAUAAAAAAGAUUAUUUAUCAUCUUUCACAGGAAUUAGUGUGCUUGACCAUGACAAUAUUUUUUAGUAUCUAUUCUUUUUACAAAUUUUUAUUUUAUAGCUUCUUAUAGUGAAAUUAAUUCGAGGAAAAAUAAUUGUACUGUUUAAAUAGACAAUUGGUUUUAUUAUGUAUGAAAAACAAAAUUGUAAGUAUAAACGAUUUCAUGUGUUCAGUGAAUUAAAUAAAAUGGCUGGAGUUGAUCUUAAA